AUGGGUCGUAUGCACAAUCCGGGGAAGGGUAUCUCGCAGUCAGCGUUACCAUACCGUCGGUCAGUUCCUACAUGGCUGAAGCUCAGCAGUGAAGAUGUCAUAGAGCAGAUUGUUCGACUAGCGAAGAAGGGUCUCCGACCCUCACAAAUUGGUGUUAUACUUCGGGACUCUCACGGUGUUGCACAGGUUCGUCGUGUUACAGGCAACAAGAUCGUUCGGAUUCUGAAGAGCAAGGGUAUGGCCCCUGAAAUUCCUGAGGAUUUAUACCAUCUGAUUAAAAAGGCAGUGAGCAUUAGGAAGCAUUUGGAGCGUAAUCGUAAGGAUAAGGACUCAAAAUACCGCCUAAUUUUGGUGGAAUCGAGAAUUCAUCGUUUGGCUCGAUAUUACAAAACAACACGCCAAUUACCCGCAACUUGGAAGUACGAGUCCUCAACAGCUUCGGCUAUGGUUUCAUAA